AUGAACGGCGAUACUCUUGCUAUCACUCUUGACCGAAUCAAGUUCUACGCGCGGGACGCGGUGGUUACCUUGACCCAGUGUAUAUGCAAACCAGAUGCAACCCUCAAGAUAAACGGCCGGUCCUAUACAAUCGAAAAGCUCCUCGGCGAGGGCGGCUUCUCCUUCGUCUACCUGAUCAGGGACCAGACUUCCCAGCGUCUCUUUGCGCUCAAGAAGAUCCUGGUCACUUCGGGGCAGGAGGGCGUCAAGGAGGCUAUGCGGGAGGUAGAGGCGUAUAGGCGGUUCAGGCAUAAAAACGUGAUAAGGAUCCUGGACAGCGCGGUUGUGCAGGACGAAGGAGGGGAGGGCAAGAUAAUUUAUCUAUUCCUGCCUUACUACUCUCGAGGCAAUUUGCAAGACGCCAUGACCCAAACAAGCGUGACCGGUAACAAGAUGCCCGAGAAGCGGCUGUUGGAGCUAUUCCACGGAACGUGCUUGGCUGUCCGCGCUAUGCAUCACUAUCGCCUUCCAUCCAUCCCUAUUCAGUCCUACCCGCCUAGUACCGUCGACGACAUGUCACCGCUGAAUCCCGGCGGACCGCCAGAAGCUGUGUUCGACGGGGACGAGGAGCUAGCUAUGGGCAGCGGAAGCGGAGAGGGAAGCGAGGGAGAGGAGGUGCCGUAUGCGCACCGUGAUAUCAAGCCUGCGAACAUUAUGAUAUCGGAUGAUGAUGAGCCAAUCUUGAUGGACUUUGGAUCUACUAUAAAAGCUCGGAUACAUGUUGAUACCCGACAACAGGCACUCCUCGAGCAGGACAUAGCGGGAGAGCACUCGACUAUGCCGUAUCGCGCCCCCGAGCUCUUCGACGUCAAGACCGGCAAGACACUUGACGAGAAGGUUGACAUCUGGUCGCUAGGCUGCACGCUCUUUGCAGUCGCAUACGGCCAUUCACCAUUCGAGACGGAGGGCGCGUCCGUCGGGAUGGCGGUCAUGUCGGGUCGAUAUCGGCAUCCGGAGAAUAAUGGGGGGUAUAGCGAGAAGGUCAAGGGGCUGAUUGAUGGGAUGUUGGUGGUGGACCCCGAGAAAAGGCCGGACAUCGACCAGGUGAUUGCAAUGACCGAAUCAGCGCUAAGAGGAUCAUCAUAG